AUGGACAAGGACACGGUGAUCAAGUCCAGUACCACGUCCAAGCAGCAGGCCUUGCGCCGAGCGGCGGCCAAGGGCAAGAUGGACAAGCAGAUGGCCCUCUUUGCGAAGUAUGACGCAAACAAAGACGCGGUGCUGGACAAGAAGGAGAUCGCGGCCUACGCCAAGAAGGAGUUUGGCUUCACCAUGCCGGAGGCCGCCCUGAACGCGCUGUUCAAGGCCCUCGUGGAGGAAGGGGCGAAGGGGGUGAAGAAGACAAACUUCCAUCGUGUGCGAAUCCACGUGGGAAUGGCCCGCGAAAAGGCCAAGGGCUACGAUGACCAAGAUCUUCCUCCGCGCUUGUUGGCUCUGCAGGCCUUGGACGUCGAAGCAGGAAUCACCACCAUCCACCACCCGCCCCAGAAACCCGAAGACCCUGAGCCCGACAUCCUUCCAACCUUGCUUCCGCUGCGCCAGGUGUGCAAGCUCCUGGGCAACAUUGCCCGCGCGCCUGGCAAUGAGAAGUUCCGGCAAGUGCGGAAGAGGAAUCCCCCGAUCGCCCGCCUUCUCGGCGUUGAGGAGGAGGGCGUGCUGCGCUGCGCAGGAUUCGAGGAUGGGCCGGAAGAGACCCUGCAAUGUCCAGGGAACGCUCCGGAUCUUCCUGAGGUCUUAAAAGCGGCCGCAGCUAUUCGAGAUGCGCUGAGGCAGAAGGAGUCUGAGGCGGCCGGCCCAGGCGCCAACAUGGCGCUGCUGUGCUGUGAUAGCCGGGUGGCCCAAGCAAUCGAGUGCGCCGUGCUCGACUUCGCCGCGCAGAACUCGGCCGACAUGGCCGAGGCCGAAAAGAAGCGCAGAAAGUUGGAUGAGGCCGAUGGCGUUCGCUCGCCUAGUCGCUGGAGGAAAACCCUGGCCGAUGUAGGUGGGGGCUUCCUCUGCGACGGCGGGAAGCUCGAGGCGUGGCUGGACGGUUCCUUUGCAAACCGCUCGCUGGCCUUCGAACUGCUGCAGCUGCAGGAGAAGUCCGUGCGCUGGUACAGCAGUGGCGCGCGCGGGCGCUGUCAGUUCUUCAGAGGAAAACUCCUCGAUGCUGCCAGGACCUCGCAGGACACAAGGCCGUUCACGCCCCUCAUCAGCGACGAGCUGGCGCAGCUGCGGGAGGCCCUCUUCAGCUACCCGGUCGAGGGGGGGGCACCCCCUCCACUUUUCCGCGAAGUGGCCGUCGCCUCAGACAGCAAGGAGACUGACACGGACAUCGUGCUGAUGCCAAAGCCGCCCCAGGUGUCUCUCGAGGUGAUCACGUGUGCCUGGCGCCUUUAUGCUGGAGUGAAGUCCCGCAAGGAGCGGCAGGAACUCUUCGAACAGCCGUUGGCUGUUUGGCUUGAACUCCCGACGCAGUUGGCGGAAGUGGACCAGAGAAUAGCGGAGUCGGACGAAGCGAUCAAGAAGGUCGAGGAGUUAGCCAAGCCCCUGCACCUGCAGGGCAAGGACAUGAAAGCAGCGGAGAUGUUUGCUUUGUUGGAUGACCUCGAGAAGCAGAUCCAGGAUGCACGAUCGCCCUUCGAGGUGCUCAAGGCAGACAUUGGCGGCUGCAAAGAGGCCGCGUUUGAAGGCAUAGAUACCCCAGAAGGGGCCAUCAUGUUCGAUAUCCGCCACGGUGUCCACCUCCUCGGCGAGUUCCUUCUGGCACGGCCUGCGGCGAAGCUCCCGCAGACCAUCGGUGGACGCCUGAAACAGGAGGCUGUGGCCCUCUUGCCUUUUCGCCUCAGACCCGGCUGCCUGGAUUGGUCCAGCUUCUUUGGCUUGGGCUUCUUCGAGGCUGCCUGGCGCUACGAGUCCGGCUCCGUCUUUGCAGAGAUGGCCGAAGAUGAUAAGACAACGUCUGCUUGGUACAAGGUGCCAACGUGGGACGGGAGUGGCUGUUACGGCAAUCGGGCGUUGUGCGACAGCGCGGGGAAGUUCACCCCGGCCGAGCUUGAGUAUCAGAAGGAGGUCCGUGCAAAGGAUCCCGACGGCGUAGAGAUUGUCGUGACCAAGGAGGACCCCCUUGCAGGCUUGAACAAGUUGCUGAAGGCGCUCGAGGGCAUCAACGGCAAGAGUGCUUUGGAUAAGAAGGGAGAGCUGCGAAUGCUCUUCUACACAGAGCUCAGCAGGAAGCCGGGCGAGAGGCCAGCUGACUUUAUGUCGAGAUUUCGCUUCCUGGCCGCUGAGCUGAAGAGUGAAGGGAUAGCCCUCCCGAGUUCCGAGUUGGGCUGGUUUCUGAAAGAAAAGUUGGGGCUGGAUCCGUUGAGGAAGCAGUUGCUGGAGACGGCUUUGCAGGGCCGGGAAGGCUUCGAGGAUGUCGAGGCUGAAGCCCUGCGGCUUUUCAAAGACCUUCAUGCCGCAGACCCCUUGAUGAGACGAGCGGGAGCCCCUGACCUCAGAGGCCGCGGCCGUAGCUUUGGCGGCUUUGGCGGCACACCGUCCUCUUCGACCACCUUCUCCGUGCGGCCGUUUCUUGGAUAUCGGUCGCGGCAAGCCUUUGCAGGCGAGCAGCUUGGCGAGACUGAGGGCGAGCCGGGCGAGGAGGCUGAGGAUGAAGAGCUUGUUCCCGAGGAGGAGGGCAACGGCAUCUCCUUGGACAAUGUGCUUGAGGCUGAGGCCGAGGCCUUGGCGACGGAGCUGGAGCAGGCUGAGGCCGAAGGACUGGAGCCGCAAGUGCUAGACGAAGUGGAAGGAACGGUCGAGUCUGCUGCCGAAGCUCUCUUGACUAUGCGCGAAGCGCGCCACAAGCUUCAGGAUCUGCGCAAGGACCGCGGGUUCGGCAAGGCUACUUCGGCACCCUCGUCACCGCAGUCCGGGAGGCCUGGCUUCAAGAAGCGUGGGGUUUGCCACGAUUGUGGCCAGCCAGGCCAUUGGGCUGGCGACCAAGGCUGCUCAAAGCCGGGCGCUGGCCUGGCUCGACCCAAGUCUUCGGCGAGGCCGGGGGCAACACCCUCGCAGAGUUCCCCGUCGCAUCGUCGGGUCCAGUUGGUCGAGUCCUUUGCGGCCGAGGCGACGCAGGAGCAGCAUGAAGACCCCGCAGUCUACCAUGAGACCGCUGUCGUUUCGUCUUGGAGUUCCUUUGCAGAGGCGCUUGAAGCAAGCCAGCCGCAUGAGACGGCCGUGGACAAAAGACUUGUGGGGGCGCUUGACAGUGCGUGCAAUCGCACCGUGUGUGGCCGUCGCUGGCUGGAGGGCUACUUGCAAGCUCUUGCUAGUUCUCCCUUGUGGCAGGCCUUGCAGCCCCUUGUGAAGACGGAGGUCGAGCGGGAGAACUUUAAGUUCGGGAAUGACGGAGUGAAGGCAAGCUACUCACGACAUCGGCUUCCCAUGGUUGUUGGCAGUUCCUGCGUGUUAGUUUGGACGAGUGUUGUCGAGGUCGAGUCUUUGGGCCUCCUCCUUGGAAGGGACUUCUUGGAGGCCAUCGGAGGAGUGAUCAGCUUUACUAGAAGGGCUUUGCGAGCGGAUCAUCUUGAUGCUUCUCGAAUUCCGCUUCGGCAGCUCUCGGCAGGUCACUUCUUCCUCGACAUCUUCCCGGAGACCUGGUGCACCUCGGCGAGACCGUGGCGACGCGAAGGCCAGGACGGGAUACUGGAGGUUCAACUUAGCUCGUUCGAGUGGAGCCUUCGCCGUGCAGCAGCAGUCAAGGGCCCCCCUGUGAAUGGUCGUGAGCAUGAACAACUAGCGGUUGAGCAAGCACGGGGCCCACAUGCUGGCCACAGUGGUUCGAGAGUUUCAAAUUCGAUGACCAAGCCGGUACUGACUGCGAUGUGUUUGCGCCUCCUCGAAAGAAACGUGUGGCACUUCGCUGGGCUACUGCUUUGGUUGCUGCAGCGGCCCUUGCUUCGGUACGUGCCCCUGCCGUACAGCAACAUCCGGUCCCCAUCGGCCUGGAAGGAGCAAGCCGAAGCCAUGGUGCGGAGUGGAGCCCUGCCGCGGCGGCAUUUUCGUGCAGCUGCCCUCCAGAACAAGUUCGAGGACCUGGGGUUGCUCAAGGACGCGGGCUACUUGAGGGACAGGAUGGGCGUCAAUCUGGCGUUUGUCGAAGAUCCCAUGUUGGAUGGAAUGAGUUCGAGCCGCGAUCCACAGCUGGUGGACAAGUUGAAAGCCGAGGCGAUCGCGAAAAAGACCAAAGCCGAGCAGCUGACCGCUGCGCGGGCCUUGCUGGGUCCCAAGGGUGGUUUGCCUACCUUGAAACAGGACCUCAUCCGUCUGGCCACGUUGCUGCGUGUGGAGGUGAACGACAACGACACCGUCGAGAAGCUCAAAACAAAGUUGCGUGGCUACAUCCUCGGCGACCCCGGCGGCGGCUUCAGCGGAACUUCCUGUACCACGCUGCGAACCCGAAGGGCAACUACAGCCGACGAUCGAGCACCGGACGGCCGGACCGAUGCAGCCGCCGACCCCUUCACAAGACGAGAUCCUCCAGCAGGUGAGUGCAAUGGUCGAAGCCGGUUCGAAGCCAUGCUGCACCAGACGAUGCAGCACAUGAUGAUGAUGUCGAGCAACAGCGGCAGCCGGCCACUGGAUGGGGAAGGUGGCCUGUCACCGGACAGCGAUAUGGGCUUCCAGCAGAUGACGAACGAAAACGCCUGGAACAAGUGCAAGCAUGAUCGCAAUCUUCUCAAGGUGAGCCCGCAAAACAUCUAUGAGGCCUUUGCAGUGCUGCAGGACCAGAUUUAUGACAAUGCGCUCCACGAGCCCUUCAUCGACAUGGCGUUCGUGCCUCACCCUCAUGACCGGGCCCCUUUGGCCCCUGACUUGUUCAAGUUGGCGGCAGCUCGUGGGCACGCUGUGGGCCAGCUGCAGGCCGAUCUAUGUGUGAAGCCGUACUUUCUGAUGUUGCGGGCGACGGGCAGAUCGCCCCUCCUGAACUACGCCCCUGAACGGACCAGACUCGCCGCUGAAAAGAAAAUUUUGGAUGCCGAGGCGUCUGUGAUGCAUGCAGCCCUGGCACAUCGGCGGUCUGGACGGCACUUCUUGAUGGAGCUUCUUCGCGGAGCCGACCCGCAUCGUACACUGGAGGGCCGGGAGCUGAUGGAUGAGGCGGGCCUUUUCGACUUUUCCCGAGAAGGUCGGCGCUAUUUGACAUCGAGCCGGGUCGUGGCAGAUGCUUUUCGGGACCAGCGUGACGAAAACCUUGUGGAAGCAGUGCUGGAGGCGGUCCAGCAACAGUUUGACAAGGACCACGGCCCCGAGAAGGUGACUGAGACCCUGGCUGCAGAGACGGCUGUGGACGAUGACGAUUUGCUUGACGGCCUGGGCGGCACAAUGGAGUCUGAGGACGAGGCGCUCGAACCGAGCCAGGACCCCGAAAAGGACGUGCCAAUCCCUGCUUCUGUGAGGCAGGCUGUGAGGCGAUUGCAUGAAAACACGGGCCACAGGAGCCCUUUGCGCUUGGCACGAGCGCUAGUCAUCGCAGGCGCCCCCCCGCAGGCCGUGAUGGCAGCCAAGCAACUUCGAUGCAGUGUGUGCGAGGAGAGGCGGCCCCCCAAGUCCCGUCGCCCUGCCUCGUUGCCGGGCCCACGCGAGCCAGGUGAACAAGUCGCCCUGGACAUCUUCGAUGCAUUCGAUGCUGCGGGCGCCAGGUACUCUAUUUUGCAUGCCGUGGACGGUGCUACAAAGUUCCAAAUGGCCGUGCUGGUGAAAAACAAGUCCAGCGCCGAGGUGGUGAAGUUCAUACGGGCGUUGGGCGCCGGUCUUCGGCAUGCCCCGGACCUUGAUAUGCGAUCAGGUGCGUGUGCUAUGGCCCAGUCGCUGAUGGGCCCCGAUGAGAUGGCAUUGGGGCUGGGCGAGGCGGUGCAGGCCUACAAUAUGGAUGUAGGCCGCUUGGGUGAAAUCGAGGCAAUGGGCCAACCAACGUUUGCUCGCUUGGUAGCAAUCCGCGAAACCGCUCGCAUGGCCAUGCUCCGGCUGCACUUCAGCCGGGCCCUUCGCAAGGCUGAGGCGGCGAGAUCGCGGAACCCUACGGUGGCAGAUGCGCCCGCGGUCGGCGACCUGGUCUACUACUGGCGGGAGCAGAAGUACAACCGUCGAGGAGGCCAAGACAAACGGAAGCUGCUUUUGCGGAAGUGGCGUGGGCCAGGGCUGCUCGUCGCUUUCGAGGGGAAUAACUGCUAUGUGACCUCGAGGGGGACUUUGACAAAGGUGGCCUUGGAACAUGUUCGGCGGGCUUCUCCGAUGGAACAGAUCGCCACGGGUGAGUGGGAGGCUGUUCUGAAGGAAGUUGUGGAGGCUGCUGAGCGAGACCAAGAGUGGGAGCUCGUGGUCCCACAGGACGGCAGCGCUGAAGGACGUGAGCCCACGGGAGAACAAGGCCCUAGACUCUCUUCUUCAGCAUCACCGGCAGUUUCAGCUCUGCCUGGGAGCCCCGAUCUCGAUGAUGCGAACCUGCUGGCCGAUCAGACAGCUGGUCUUCUGGAAGGCGCUGGACUCUCUUCAGAACCGCCGGCAGUUUCAGCUCCACAUGGAGAUGACAGUGCUCCGCAGAGUUUCCGUGACCAGCUUCAGGAAGCGAUGCGGAAAGCUCGUGACCAGCGUGGCCGUGAUCUACCUCCUGUGUCUCCGGGCGAGCUUGUCAGGGCCACUGCCUCGGAGGGUGGAGCUGGGUCGCGCAGGCCAUCCACCUUGUUGGGCCAAGUUGCUUCAGGUGGGUCUUCGCGUGCGCCAGGUACUCCCUUGCUGGAUGUGAUUCGGCGGGCUGGAGCAAAUGCGGAGGAACAUUCGCCUUCAGAGCCGUUUGCAGAACAGCCUGAGAAUUUGUCAGGCACCAAGCGGCCGGCUGAAGUUGAGGCCGAGACUCUUAGGAGCCAGCAGGGCGACCAAGUGCCUUUUGACGCCCUGACUCUGGAGAAGGAGCUCGUGCUUGAGGCUGCCCAGGCGAAGCAAGGCAGUGUGCACCCGUUGGUUCAGCUGCAGGCCCAAGUUGCGAUGGACAAGACGGCUGGCGAGGACCUUGAAGCGAACGACCAUGGCACGUGGGAUGGUCGAUGGCCGCUGCCCCGUCGCUCAGAGUACGAGGCUUUCGUGAAGGCGGGCUUGAAGUGGCCAACGGGAAGAGAAGCGCUGACUGUGCAGGCGGCUCGGAAGGAGUACCACUGGCGCUCCAUGACCAAGGAGCAGCGAGAUGCCUUUCGCGAGGCAGCCGUUGAAGCCUGGAAUGUUUGGACUCGCAACGACGCCGUCGAGACCUUGAGCGAGGAGGAGACGGCCCGGACAUUGGCGACCUUAAGGCGAGUGCGAGGCUGGUGGCACCGGCUGGUGGUGCCGGGCUAUAAGGACGUGACUGCCUUUGACCUUCGCAAGGAUGCGCCGACUGCUUCGCGAACUUCACAACACCUACUCUUCAGUUUGGGGUCGAGCAACUUCAAGAAAGGCUGGAGAACGGGCACUGCCGACGUCAAAAGUGCUUUUCUCAAAGGCGAGCGCUACAUGGAUGGAGUUCGCGAGCUGUACUUGCAGAACAUGGAGUCCAGAGACGGCAGUCCGACACUUCCGGUUGGCAGCCGCCUCAGCCGGAUUGUCAAGGGGGUGUUCGGCCUGAGUGACGCCCCCCGCGAGUGGUACUUGAGGUUGAAGAAGAGUGUGAAGCGAGAAAAGUGGACUCAAUCCACACUGGAUGCUGCGACUUUCUUCCUUUGGUCUGAAGGACCAAACCCGGAACUCCUCGGAAUGAUGUGCUGCCACGUCGAUGACCUUCUCAUCACAGGCAGCGCCGAAGCUUGGGCCUCGAUAGGCCGAUUGGGCAAGGAGUUGGGUUUUGGCUCCGUCGAAAAGGACAGUUUCGUCUACUGCGGAAAGAAGGUUGCCCAAGACUUGAACACAGGCGUGAUCAGCGUCUCCAUGCAGGCCUACGUGGACAACCUGUCCCCGAUCAGCGUGGCAGCGAGCCGCCGACGAGACAUGGACGCUGCUCUCACUCCGGGAGAAGCCAAGCAGCUACGAGCCUUGGUGGGAUCCCUCCAGUGGCUUGUAGCGCAAGUGCGGGCUGACAUGGGCUUCCACCUCAGUGUGCUGCAGGCCGAGACGCCGUUCACUUUGCUGGACUACCGCAGUCACCGUUUGCAAAGGGUGUGCCGAAGUACCUUCGCUGCCGAGCUGCUUGGAGUUGAGGAAGGCUUUGACAUAGGGCAGUACUGUCGCGGCCAUUGGGCUGAGGCCCUCGGCUACGACUUGGCGCACAAAGGGGUCGACUGCAUCUUGGAUACAAUCGGCCUGGUUGUCGUGACGGAUGCCAAAGACACCUUUGACAAGGGGAACUCUGAUACUCCCUCGUACGGAAGCCAGAAAUCGUUGGCUUUCAGCAUCGCCUGGCUCCGAGGGAUGCUGGCCAAGCCGAAUGUCUCCCUGCGCUGGACAGAGACCAGCAACAUGUUUGUAGACGCCGGGACAAAGGAUAUGUGCGGCGCCCACAUGCGGGACACCUUGAUGGCGGGCGAAUGGAGCUACCGAUACAACGCGAAGUACGUGAAGCAGACGAUCAAGACGAAGCCCAAGGUGCGCCCAGGACCUGAAGUAGUGAGCGGAGAGGAAGUGAGCCCGACAGAUCCUGUGAUGGGAUUUCUUCAGGGGUUCGCCACGAAACGUGGCUGGCACCGUAAAGAUGGCCUGGCCAUACAGGUGGCCCACGGAGCUCGAAGUUACAGACGCCCCGAGCCCAGGUUUGAAGCAGACAUGUAUCCUUUCCGGACUUCGUAUGCCCUUUUCCAUGAUCAGCAGGGUCGUGGAAGCUGGCGCAUCCUCGAAAGGGAUGUGCGAUACGGUCGCAUUUUGCGAUCUCUUGACAAGGAAGCUGCAGUUCUGAUCACGGUGUUCAAGACCCCAAAAGAAAAGAAGAUCAAUGUGAAACCACAGGGCGUUGAGGAGGAGAUCUCCCUUUGGCUCACCGGCCAGGUCCGCAUGCUGGAGCACAAGUUUGCGAAGCUGGAGCCGCGGCUGGCGCUGCUCAGCUCCAGCUGCACCAGGUUCCGGGACAUGGCAAAAGGCAGAGAAAGGGCCGAGCUGCAGGCGGUGGAGGCGAAAGCCAAGGCCGCCCUCAGGCACCACCAGAAGGCGAAGGACCUGACGGCCGACGAACUCGCUGAGGCCAUCGAGGGCGACGGUGACUCCCUCAGCGAGGACGCCUUCGUGAAGUUCUUCCAGGCUUGCGAGCAGGAACCCGUCGACGAGGCAGCAAACGGGCAUGCAACGGCCCUCACAGAGGAGGACCUUCGGAGGCUCUACAAGCACUGGGCCGAGGAGUCAGACGGCGCAGUCCAAAAAGAGACCUUGGUCAGCCGAGUGCGGAGGUACAUGAAGGUGAUGAAGACGGUCGCGCUAACCGACUGCAAAGGGAUCAAGGACAGCAAGUCUGUCCGCCGACUACUCGAAGGAGAGGUAGUUGAAGCGCUGAGCACCGCCCAGAAGGAGGACGAGAUGGACCUCAUGCGGCUCCGUGUGAAGGCCAUGAAUGAUGGGGCUGAAGGUUGGGUGACGAUCUCCGGCAACCAGGGCACCGUCUUCCUAAAGGAAGGGGGCAGUCAGUUCAAGGCCCAGAGCUUUGAGGAAUUCAGGGACAGGAUCGCACACAAGCACAAUGUGGUCCAGCAAUCAGAAGCAGCAGAGCAGCCAGCAACGGAGCCGGAGAAAACGAUGAACUCCCUAGGGACCGCAAAGGGCAUGGCUGCCGUGGAGUCUGUCGACGCUGUGAGGCCGCUGACCAAGGACGAGGCUGAGCUGGCGAAGCUGCAGCAGAUGAGAGGAGAGCUCGAGGCUCAAGGAGCUCUCAAGAGACUGUCGGAGGACGAGCGCUUGAUCCUCGAACCGGCACGCGCUGAGGAUGGGAAGCUUGAGGUCCAGCUGGUGUCACGCACGCAGGCUCCAGACACUGCUGCUGCAACGCCAGAGACGCCAGGUCAGCAGGCUUCUGCAAGCCUUCCUCCGCGUGUAGCUGCAGGACUUGUCCCAAUGCUUACAGCGGAGGCACCCCACACGCCUUCCGGGGCCUAUGCCGCCGUGCCCUGGCAGCUGCAGGCGCGGAAUGCGACGGCCGCCCCUCCUGCCCCGCAGUACAGCGAUAUCCUCCGGGCGGUCGCUGCCACGGAAGGCCCAUCAGUGCCUGUGGCCCCCAUCUCCAUGAGUUACGAGUCUGUCCUCUCGCAGACCGUUGGCCCCGCUGCCCUCGACCUCAACGCACAGUGCUCUAUCACGGAGUUUGGUCGAGAGAUUGCCGAAGCUCGGAACCAGUACUCCAACCAAAUGGCGAAGGUUCAGCUGCCCCCUGGCCGGCCGGACUACGGCCGGCAGAUUGCCAGGAUCGAGCUCCCUCCCGGCAACGUGUGGGGCUGGCAAGCGCAGAUGCAAGCAAAACAGCGGCUGGAUGCCGCACUCCAGACCAACGCCAAUAUCCGCCAGGCCCUGCAGCGGAACGUGGUGCGCAUGCAGCGCGCCAUGCCGCGAGCGCAUGGAGAGGAGCCGCCUCCUGCCGAGAUGCCGGGCAGGCCAGACUCGUCCGAGUCACCAAGAAGGCAUUUCCACAGGGUGAGGCUCGAAAUCGAGGUGGUGAAAGCCUCGGACAUCCCCGAUGCCACGUACUUUGCCUCGUGCGACCCGUACGUCGUGGUGAGCAUCGUCGACGGGGACCCACUACAGGAUCCCCAUGCGCUCGCAGGCUACCAAGAGUGGCGCGCUCUGCAUGAGCAGUGGAGCGGUCAGACGCGGGUGCUUGAGGGCACACGGGAUCCUCAGUUCCGCGCGCGGUUUCAAGCGGAGGUUCGCAACAGAGAGAAAACCCACAUUCACUUCCGGCUACUGGACCAGGACAGCAUCUCCCACGCGGAUCGCGACAUCGGACAAGCCGCCGUCGCCCUCCGGGACAUCCUGGACGACUCCUGGGCCGCGGUCCGGGGCCUUGCCCUGAGGCCCAUGGACAGGAAGAGCUCCCAGGCAUGGGCCGCCAUCCACAAGACACGUCUCCAUGUGGCGAUCAACUUCGAGGGGAUCCUCGGGAAAGUGAAGACAGAAGAGGCCAUGCAGCGCGCAGUGGCGGUGGCAUCGACCUUCACACAAGCCGGCAAGGCUGGGCGAAGCCCAAGACGGCGGAAAGAAGAAGGAGAAGGUUUGCUGGGAAUGUUCGGCGCCGGGUGA